GCGGCGGGGCCGGAAGCCGGCGACAGCGCGGGGGCCAGGGGCCGCGAUGGCGCCUCCUCAGCAGGCGCGGGUCCUUCGAUGCUGCUCUUGCAGCCUUUUCCAGGCUCACCAGGUGAAAAAGAGUCUCAAGUGGACAUGCAAAGCUUGUGGAAAGAAGCAGUCAUUUUUGCAGGCUUACGGUGAGGGUUCUGGUGCUGACUGUAGACGCCAUGUCCAAAAAUUAAACCUGCUGCAGGGACAGAUUUCAGAGAUGUCACUCAGGUCUCUGGGAGAUUCUAUAAGUGCCAAUGAGGAAGAAAAUGUGGGUCCUUGGCAGGCGGCCUCUGCAGGUCCACAGGAAAAACCCCAGCCCUCAAAGAACCGCUGGCUGAAGUAUCUGGAAAGGGACUCCGAAGAACUGGGGCUGAAAGAAGGAUUGUGUUUCAACAGACAGCCUUCAUCUGAGAGAGAAAAGCCAGACCCUCCGUUCAGCACAGGCCUGCCUAGGAAGAGGAAAUGGAACCAGAGCACAGUCCAGCCUCUCUGCAUCCCUCAUGUCCAGGACUCCAGAAGCUGUGAGGUCACCUUGAAGUCCUUGAAGGACCGUUCUCUUCAUUCUACAUGGAGCGCCAGGUCUUCACCAGACUGUUCAACUUGGGACCUGCCCUGGAUUUCUGAGGAACUGUCACCUGCAUUUACCCAGGACCAUGCUGGCCUGGCGGGGAAGGGUAGAGAGAGCCGUCCUGAGGACCGGGACACCAUGGAGCUUGUUCCCCGGGGGGAACCACCGUGUCCUGCCCAGCAGGUCAGGACCAUGUCUAAGUGGGAACAAUGUCUUGGAAACAGCUCACAUUUGGACACAGAGCCCCUCACCCUUCUGCAGAGAGGCCUCAGGCCAAUCCAGGCAGCACAAGCUGAGCAGGGGCCCCCCAGGGCCCAGACUCCAAGGGAAGGAGGCCUCUGCAGGCUCCCCGGUGCAUGCCAGUCUCCUCAGACCACACACACUCCCAUGCCUGGGCCCAAGCAGGUCUGUGGGAGGAUCCCCGAGCAGUCACGGAGCACAGGCCCUUGGGCAGAGGGUGCGCCCUUGGUCAAAGGGGUGCAGGCACAUUCUUCACUCGUGCGUCUAUGUGACCUUUUUAAAACUGGAGAGGACUUUGAUGACGAUCUGUGAGUUGAAACUGGUAUGUUACUCAUGUAGACAUUUGUUACAUGAACCCUUCAAUUCAGUGACCUCUGUGCCACUGAAAACAGGGUUCCCCAAGUUGCUUUCAAAUAGCAGGACUGAGGACUUAUGGGAACUAUAAGAAGCGACGAUAAAUAUUACCAUCAAACAGAUUACCUCUCGUACCAUCUUUGAUUAAAGUGUUUAUAUCUUUAAUUAAAAUUGUUUACAAAUAGAAUGGCUACAAAGCGAUUUUCUUAACUUUAAAAGCAGCCGACACAUUU